AAGAAGUGUUUCAGGAGUCAGUAAGGCUUCUCCUAGUUCCCUUUCUUACUUUUUAAACAAACUGAAGCACAAAAAUGUCCGUUCCGCAUGAGCCUGGUCACCCAGGGGCUACGGAGACCUCCAUUAAUAACACCUCGAAGGCGCCUCAGCCUCCCAAGCUUGUUUUAGCCGACCUUAACAUCGAUCCCUCUGAAACUGAUGGCGGCGAUACUCUUCAAGUUUCAACUCCGGACAUCGCCAGGUUGUUAAUUGAUGAAACUAGUCAAGAUAAGAGUACAAUUACUAGUAGAGACAACGAUGCAGUGGAAGGUGAAGGGAAACGGUCAAACAAACUUGGGAGAUCCCGUUCAAGAGGCAGUAAGGUAGAGUCCCCACUUGAUUGUGGAGCUGAUGCUGAUGGUGAUUUGCCAGUUCAAGGGGCUCCCUCAUCCCGUGAGGAGAGAGUUAGCAGCCUUAAAACAGCUUUAGUACAUGUUGCGCGGAAGACACCGAAAAAUGCUCAUGCUCAUUUUAUUCUUGGUCUAAUGUAUCAAAGGUUGGGCCAACCAGCAAAGGCAGUUUUGGCAUAUGAGAAGGCAGCAGAGAUCUUACUUCGCCCUGAGAUAGAGAUUGACAGGCCAGACUUACUUUCACUGGUUCAGAUCCACCAUGCACAGUGCCUUUUAUUAGAAAGUUCAGGGGAUAACAGCCGCGAUAAAGAACUAGAUCCUGACGAGCUUGAGGAAAUUCUUUCGAAGCUAAAGGAAUCAAUACAAUCAGAUAUAAGACAGGCAGCUGUAUGGAAUACCCUUGGCUUUAUUCUUCUCAGAACUGGUCGUCUGCAGAGUGCUAUUUCAGUUUUGUCAUCUUUGUUGGCUAUUACUCCUGACAACUACGAUUGCCUUGGAAACCUUGGGAUUGCUUACCUACAGAGUGGAAAUUUGGAACUGUCAGAAAAAUGUUUUCAAGAGUUGCUUCUCAAAGAUCAACACCAUCCUGCAUCCUUAAUCAAUUAUGCUGCCCUUCUUUUGUGUAAACAUGGUUCAGUUGUCGCAGGCGCUGGAGCAAAUGCUGGAGAGUGUGCUUCUGCAGAUCAGGUUACUGCUGUCAAUGUGGCAAAAGAAUGUUUGUUAGCAUCCUUAAAAGCAGAUCCAAAGGCAGCGCAUUUAUGGGCUAAUCUUGCUAAUGCAUAUUGUAUGAUUGGUGAUCAUAGAAGUUCCAGCAAGUGCUUAGAGAAGGCAGCAAAGUUGGAGCCUAAUUGUAUGUCUACUCGAUUUGCUGUUGCAAUCCACCGGGUCAAGGAUGCAGAAAGAUCUCAAGAUCCUAGUGAACAGCUUUCUUGGGCUGGAAAUGAAAUGGCUUCAAUAAUAAGGGAUGGAGAUUCUGCUCAAAUUGAGUUUCCCAUAGCAUGGGCAGGGCUCGCAAUGGUUCACAAAGCCCAACAUGAGAUUUCUGCUGCAUUUGAAACUGAACAGAAUGUGCUGAUGGAGGUGGAAGAACGUGCCGUUUACAGUUUAAAGCAGGCAAUUGCUGAGGAGCCAGAUGAUCCUGUGCAAUGGCACCAGCUUGGCCUUCAUAGCCUCUGUACUCGGCAAUUCAAAAACUCGCAGAAGUAUCUCAAAGCAGCUGUUACCCGUUUUAAGGAUUGCAGCUAUGCAUGGACAAAUUUAGGAAUCUCACUGCAACUGUCAGAUGAUCCAUCACAAGCAGAAGAAGUAUAUAAGCGGGCCUUGUCAUUGGCCACAACUGAUGAUGUGCAUGCCAUAUUUUCCAAUCUUGGAAAUCUCUAUCGCCAGCAGAAACAGUAUGAACGAGCCAAAGCAAUGUUUACAAAGUCUCUCGAACUCCGACCUGGCUAUGCUCCUGCCUAUAACAAUCUCGGUCUUGUAUUUGUUGCGGAGGGUCAAUGGGAGGAAGCCAAGUUCUGUUUUGAUAAAGCCCUUGAGGCAGAUCCAUUGCUGGAUGCAGCCAAGUCCAACGUGAUAAAGGCAACAGCAAUGUCCAGAUUGCAUUCUGGUUUUUCCUGAAGUCUUGAAGCAAUAUUGGCAUUGUCCAGAUUGCAUUCCAUUUUUCGUGGAAGUCUUUAAGAUUGGUUUACACAUGAAAAGGUCCACAGUUUUCUCACUCAGUACAAGAACCGAAUUUAAAGCCCAUACACAUAGCACAUUUCUUGCUGCUUAACCGACAAACCUCACCAUGGUGGAUUCAUGACAUCAUACAAACUUGACUGAAAAUCCAAAUGAUAUAUUGGCUGCAAGCCUUGCAACAAUGGGUGCAACUGUUCUCCCAUCAUUGCCGAAGCUUUCAAGGGAAACAGGUAAACCCAUCUCUUCUCUCCCUCAUAAGCCAUCCUGUAAGUUUCACUGCAUACAAAUCUCCUAAUUACAACUCGAAUUCGCUGGAGCAUCACUGGCCUGUGAUAUGUUAGCUGCAUUGUAACCCAUGUAGCAGACAUUUCAGACGAUGACAACCACGGCCUAGCUUGGCUCUACUGUAACCCUUUUUUUCCCUUCUAUGCUUUGGUUUCUUCGCAACAUCCUUGGACCAGAUUUAAACCAAAUUUAGAGAAUGCCAAUGCAGAGCUUCCACGAAUCAUCAUGGUGCAAGUAAAACUACUGCCUUCAUCAAAUGGUAAAUCUUCAAAGCAGAAUCAGGGUUCUCUAUUGGGCUUCAGUGCAUCUCUUAACGCGAAACAACAUUUUUUCCAACGUGCUUUGAAUCAAGGAAGCAUUAGUUUGUAUUUUACUGGGUUAAAUAGUGUUAUACAAUUGUUUUUUGAUGAGAUCAUAGCUGUAAAUAGGUCAAUUUAAGUAUGGCUAAGUGUAAGAGCGUGACUUUUCGAUCCAAUGUGCCUUGAAAUCUUGAGGAUAGGAAGCUAUUUGAUAGAGGAUUAUAUUGGUACUAAAUGUUUUAUAAA